UGACGAGGGGAGAGUGAUGAAUGAAAGAUAGGAGCAAACAUCUGAAGAGAGCAGGAAUGAAAGAGGAAAAAGUGAACGGUAGAUGGAGGAAUCUAACAGGAGGUGAAACAAAGAAGGAGGAGAACAAAAAAGCCUUCAGAGGAUAAGAGUGGAAGGAAAGGAGGAGCAAAGUGUGAAAUAUUUAGAAAGAGACCGAGCAGAGAGGAGGCAGAGUCAAAAACUUAGAGAAGAGAGAGCAUAAAUCUGAGCAGUCGAGGGAACCCGUGCUCCUGUUUCUUUCUCUUUUUUUCUGCUUCUUCAUAAAACAGAGGAGAGAAGAUGAGAUGAGGACAGAGGAAAACGCCAGACGAGAGGAAGCAGUUUAAGACUUUUUUUUCCCCCUCAACAUCCACACAGAUAAAGAGAUAAAUAACUAGAUAUUAAAGUGUAUGAAAGCAAACUAUAUCCAAUGGCGUGCUACUACAUUGUGAUCAGUUCCACCCACCUGCGUGACGGACAGUUGAGGAGCAUCAAGGGGGUUUUCAGAGGACCAAUAGGAGCCAACAGCCAACGGAACACGGAGGAAGGAGACUCCAGUUUCUACUGCGAGCUGUGCAAUAAGCAGUACGUGAGACACCAGCAGUUUGACAACCACAUCAACUCCUACGACCACCACCACAAGCAGAGGCUGAAGGAGCUAAAACAGAGGGAGUUUUACAGAGCACUGGCCUGCAGGAGACAGAGGAGGCGCAGGGAGGAGAAGAAAGCGGAGCAAGUGCUGAGGAAGCUUCAUCGACACCAGGAGAGGAGGACAGGAGAGUGCGCUCCAGGUUCCGGUCCCAUGUUCAGAUCCACCACAGUGGCGGUCGAUCCAGCGAUCCAGACCAGACCAGACUUUGAGCAGAACUGGGACGACAUCCACAGAAGCAGCUCCACACUGGGAACAAAGUCUCAAACCCCACUGAUUGGACCCUUCCUGCCCUUGGACCCUGCACUGGAAACCAGACUCCUGAGCAACACACAGUGGGUGUACAAUCAAAUGGACGCAAACAACACAGCAACUUCGGCGGCUGCUGAGUCCUUCAUCCUCAACGAGACUCAUCUGAACCGCAGUGACCGCUCAGCCGCUGCCGUUACGCCGAGCAACAACAACACGACGAACUCUUUAACCAAAACAAGACACUUUAACAAGAUCCCAUGGGCUCAUCAUCAAUUAAGCAACGCCAUUACUCCCAAUAACAUCUCCGUGACCUCCACUAAUGAUGGCUGCAUUUCCAACAAAACCAGCUUCAGUGAGAACCCCACCACCUCCACCUCCUGCUCAACUCUUGCUAACAUGACAAGCAGCACAGCGGUGCAGGGGGCACUCGAUGUCCAAUCUGUCCCUGGCCGAGGCCGUCCUGUGUCCUUCUCUUUGCCUAAAAGGACCUGUGUCCUCCUCCACCAAUCAGCAGCAGUUUUCAUCCAAGCUGGACGAGGCUCAGGAUUGUCUACAAAGCCCGAAAGUAUGAUGUCCCAAAAGAGGAGCAAAGAUCUGGGGGAGAGAGUUGGAAAUGAGCCGCUCAGAUCUGCAGACACCGAUGUGGGAGCUGUGGAUCACUUGGAUAAUAGAAACCGGGGUAGUGCUGAAGCCAGUGUACCCACUGACAGAGGAAAUGGAGGAUUCUUCUUUUCUAAUAAAAAUGGAAAUGGAGCCCAAAUCAGCAGUGAAAGUGAGACUGGAGGAAAUCUUCCCUUAGAUAAUGGGAUACCAGGACAGAUUUGUGACGGUGUAAGCACAACUGUGGCUCAAGCUUCCAUAUGCAGAGACGGUGAGGCUAAAUCCACAAAAGAUGUGGACAAUCGGAUAGAGUUAGAACCCACCCGAGAACUGACAGAUCUGUUUUGUUCUGCUACAAAUCAGCCGGAAGAAUCUAUUUCUGGUGUUUUAGAUGAGACCAAAGAGUCUUCAGUUCAAUCGCAGCCCAAAGAAUCAAACCCCUCCCUGUCAAACUGCACAAAGGACCCAGCGUUUUUGUCCUUAAGUCGUCCCAAAGAGCCGUUUUAUAGUGUCCUGAGCCGAGACGGCAGCAGGGUUCUUCUCUGGCCAUCAGAGAUGGUUAGCUACACCAAGACGUCACCAUCCAUAUCCUACAGUGUCAACCCUCUCCUGCAUGACUUCAGAGCACACAACAGGGCCAGGGAAAGGGGUGAGGGCAAGAAAGGAGGGACGGAGGAAGGCGAUGGGAGAAUAAAGCCAUCUGUGAUCAAACAACCUGACUGCCAACAGAGGAACAAUGAUACAGCGGGAGGAGGGUGGGCAAAGAUAGAUGAAAGGGAGGAAGAGGAUGAGGCAGGAAAUCCUAUUGAACCUGUAGCCUGUUGCAGCAGUGGCAACACAGCUCUGGAUUGCUCCGGCUGCUACGAUGCAAAUGCUUUAGCAUUAGUUCCCGUUUCUGCAGAAUGUCACCUUGCACCAGCACCGGGCCUUCAAAAGAGUGGAGGGGGGCAGAGGAGGAGGAGGAGGAAGCGCAGGGGAGGGGCGCAGCACGUGAGCAAGAAAUUUGUCUUGUUCCUCCACCUCACGGGGAAACAGCGGGUGAUCCUGCGAUUAGCCUCAUCCCUGCUCCCUUUAGAGAAACAGCAUGCAGUCAAAGACAAACAAUACCUGCAGGACACGGCAAUCUCGUGUUAG